CUCCUCUGUCUUGUCACGACCAUCGGGAAUGCAAUGGUGCUCCAUGCGGUGCGGACCGAGCGACGCCUCCAAACAGUGAGCAACAUGUUCAUUGUGUCCCUGGCAAUAGCGGACCUGAUCGUCGGACUGGUUGUCAUGCCAAUAAGCACAGUCUACAUCUUCACUGAGCACUGGUUGCUAGGUGUUGCAGUCUGUCAGAUCUGGAUCGGAGUCGACUACACGGCCAGCACGGCGUCCAUCUUGAACCUGUUCAUACUGAGCCUGGACCGAUACUGGUCCGUCAGGUCCCCGCUCAAGUACCUCCGAAAGAGAACAAAGAAGAGAGCGGUCCUGAUGAUUACCGGGGUUUGGUGCUUAUCUUCAAUGUGGAUUAUACCUAUACUUGGAUGGCAUCAUUUUUUCUACCGCGGAGAACGCACUGUGCCAUCAAAUGUUUGUGAUACAGAGUAUGCCAAAAAUAGUGCAUUCAAGGUUGUGACAGCUUUUUUCAAUUUUUAUCUUCCUCUCGCAAUCAUGUAUUGUUUAUACUGGAAAAUAUUCCAAGAAAUUCGCAAGCGAUCUGAAAUGGAAUUAGGGCAGCGAAACGUUAAGCAAGGUAACAUGCAGAUUUCAAAUAUGAACACAAUGGAUGAGAUAUCAUAUUACAGCGACAACAUUCUAGAUUCUGAAAGCACACAUAGUAGACAGGAUGACAAUCAAAUUUCACAGUAUCCCAUGGGCCAGAGUUUCUCUGAGAAUUCCCUUGCAAACCAGCUUACCAGUUCACAUUCCUACACUGCGAUGAAAGAAUCUGGGCGAAGGGAUCUGUUCUUACGAACAUUAAUGAGGACGCCAAAGAAAUUAGCAAAAAGGAACAAACGUAUAAAAAAUAGAGAAACGGUGUACAGAACGAGGCGUCCUGGGAAAGAAACAUGUAAAAUUGAGUACGUCUACGAUGAAAAUGUCAUAGAUGCUGAAACAGAGAAAAUAGAAAGAUAUUACUAUGAAGAUUUCUCAAACAAAUCGACUAUUCAUGCCAAGCCCAGUGCUGUCCUCGUGCGAAACACCAGCAAUGCCUCUGGGGACUUGUCCCCCAUGAGUACCCCAAUCAGUUCAUGCUCAAGCAGUGAGGACAGGCGAAAAACAAAUUACACUCUCACAAGUGGAUUGAAACGUAUAAGAGAGGCAGAGACCAUAAUUGAUUCCAUGGUUACCACGGCUGGUAAGAAGACUGGGCAACGGAAUGCUUUCGUUUUUAGGGACGAGCGCAUUCGGAGACAUUCACAAUCAAACAGCGUGCUAAAUAUAAAAAACAAAAUCAGAAACAUGAAGCAAAGCUCAGCCCUAAGAAAAGAGAUCAAAGCAGCACGGCAGCUAGGAGUGAUAAUGGGCGCAUUUACUUUAUGUUUUCUACCCUAUUUUAUUCUCUUUCUUGUCGUGGCGUUCUGUGAUGGCUGCAUUGACCAAGGACUUUUGUUAGCCAUGACAUGGAUUGGAUACUUGAACUCAACGCUUAAUCCUUUCUUGUAUCCUCUAUGUAAUGCCAAUUUUCGGAGAAAAUUCCGAACAAUGUUGCAAAUUAGAACGAAACGUGCAAAGUAUAAGAAUAGGAAUGGAUUUGAUAAGUACAGUCUGACUACAGCGCGAUAUGAUUAA